AUGAGCUACGCCUACACGACCCACCACCAUGAAGGUGCCCUCGUGAUGAGCCACGCCUACACGACCCACCACCAUGAAGGUGCCCUCGUGAUGAGCUACGCCUACACGACCCACCACCAUGAAGGUGCCCUCGUGAUGAGCUACGCCUACACGACCCACCACCAUGAAGGUGCCCUCGUGAUGAGGUACGCCUACACGACCCACCACCAUGGAGAUGCCCUCGUGAUGAGCUACGCCUGCACGACCCACCACCAUGAAGGUGCCCUCGUGAUGAGCUACGCCUACACGACCCACCACCAUGAAGGUGCCCUCGUGAUGAGGUACGCCUACACGACCCACCACCAUGGAGAUGCCCUCGUGAUGAGCUACGCCUACACGACCCACCACCAUGGAGAUGCCCUCGUGAUGAGCUACGCCUACACGACCCACCACCAUGGAGAUGCCCUCGUGAUGAGCUACGCCUACACGACCCACCACCAUGAAGGUGCUCUCGUGAUGAGCUACGCCUACACGACCCACCACCAUGAAGGUGCCCUCGUGAUGAGCUACGCCUACACGACCCACCACCAUGGAGAUGCCCUCGUGAUGAGCUACGCCUACACGACCCACCACCAUGGAGAUGCCCUCGUGAUGAGGUACGCCUACACGACCCACCACCAUGAAGGUGCUCUCGUGAUGAGCUACGCCUACACGACCCACCACCAUGGAGAUGCCCUCGUGAUGAGCUACGCCUACACGACCCACCACCAUGAAGGUGCUCUCGUGAUGAGCUACGCCUACACGACCCACCACCAUGAAGGUGCUCUCGUGAUGAGCUACGCCUACACGACCCACCACCAUGAAGGUGCCCUCGUGAUGAGCUACGCCUACACGACCCACCACCAUGAAGGUGCCCUCGUGAUGAGCUACGCCUACACGACCCACCACCAUGAAGGUGCCCUCGUGAUGAGCUACGCCUGCACGACCCACCACCAUCGGCAGACGCUGCGUGCUGCGUGCCGGCUGGCAGAUAAGCAGGAGCGCGUGUGA